UUCAUCAAGUACCUUUUCAAAUAUACACUGUAGUUCAUUGAGCUCAAAAGCACUUGUUUUGCUCAAUAGUACUGCCAAUGGAAACUACUAAAGCUGCAACUUUGCUCUUUGUUUUGGUAACUUUUCUGUGGUUUUCGCCUGAGCUUGUAUUAGCUAAGAACCAUGCAGCUUCAUCAAGUGUCACUAGACACUACCAAUUCGAUAUUAAGUUGCAGAAGGUGACAAGGUUAUGUCACACUAAGACUAUUGUGACAGUAAAUGGACAGUUUCCGGGACCAAGAAUUAUCGCCAGGGAAGGUGAUCGUGUCGUUGUUAAAGUGGUUAACCAUGUCAAAGACAAUAUCACCAUUCAUUGGCAUGGAAUUCGACAGCUUCGAAGCGGAUGGGCAGAUGGACCUGCAUAUGUGACUCAAUGUCCUAUUCAGACAGGACAGAGUUAUGUUUACAAUUUCACAAUUGUUGGGCAAAGAGGAACCCUUUGGUGGCAUGCUCAUGUCUCAUGGUUAAGGUCAACUUUAUAUGGACCCAUUGUUAUACUACCCAAGCGAAACGUUCCUUACCCAUUUCCCAAACCCGACUUGGAAGCCGUACCCAUCAUUUUCGGAGAGUGGUUUAACACAGACACUGAAGCAAUUGUAAACCAGGCUAUGAGGACUGGAGGAGGUCCUAAUGUUUCUGAUGCCUACACCUUUAAUGGACUUCCUGGACCCUUGUACAACUGCUCUGCUCAAGAUACAUUCAGAUUGAAGGUGAAACCAGGAAAAACAUAUCUUUUGCGUCUUAUCAAUGCUGCGCUCAAUGAUGAACUCUUCUUCAGCAUUGCUAAUCAUACUCUCACUAUCGUUGACGUUGAUGCGUCUUAUAUAAAGCCGUUCACCACGGAAACACUCCUCAUUACUCCAGGGCAAACAACUAAUGUACUUCUCAAGACAAAACCUCAUUUCCCUAAUGCCACUUUCCUCAUGGAAGCUAGACCUUAUGCAACAGGCCUAGGUACCUUCGACAAUACCACAACCGCUGCUAUUCUCGAAUACGAACAUCCCACAUCAAAGAAAAACAAGACUACCUCUAAUACAAAGUCAUUUCCCGUAUUUAGACCAACUCUUCCUAAACUCAAUGACACAUCUUUCGCAACCAAAUUUUCCAACACACUUCGUAGUCUAGCCUCUACUCGCUUCCCAGCUAAUGUCCCUCAGAAAAUCAACAGACGAUUUUUCUUCACGGUCGGUUUGGGUACGAACCCAUGUCCAAAGAACCAAGUUUGCCAAGGACCAACUAAUACAACCAAAUUUGCAGCUUCAGUGAACAACGUAUCUUUCACAAUGCCAACCACUGCAUUAUUACAAGCCCAUUUCUUUAACCAAUCAAAGGGUGUAUACACAACUGAUUUCCCUGGUAACCCAGUUUUUCCUUUCAACUACACCGGCACUGCACCUAAUAACACAUUAGUGAGCCAUGGUACAAAAGUGGUGGUACUUCCCUAUAACACAGAAGUUGAGCUAGUGAUGCAAGAUACCAGCAUUCUUGGUGCAGAAAGUCACCCUUUACAUCUCCAUGGUUUCAAUUUCUAUAUUGUUGGCAGUGGAUUUGGUAAUUUUGAUUCCAACAAGGACCCUGCCAAAUUCAAUCUUGUCGAUCCAGUUGAACGGAACACUGUCGGUGUGCCAGCUGGUGGCUGGGUUGCAAUUCGAUUCUUAGCUGAUAAUCCAGGUGUUUGGUUUAUGCAUUGUCAUUUGGAGGUUCACACAUCAUGGGGUUUGAAGAUGGCAUGGAUCGUCUUGGAUGGAAAACUCCCUAAUCAGAAACUUCCACCUCCCCCAUCUGAUCUCCCCAAAUGUUGAUCUAUAUAUUCUUUUUGUCUUUCUCAUUAUAGACAUGUGGAGAAAUAGCGCAGAACUGUGGAACUCCACAUGUUUAAUGUAGGUGUUAUUGUUACUUUCUCCUUUGAUUCUUGUUUUUUUUUUCUUUUCUUUUUAAUUUUGAAUUUGACUGUUGAGCAUUUUGUAUGAUCAGAAAUUUAUAAGAACUUUAAGUAAAGUUUGGCAAACAGU